GACAGAGGAAGUAUAAUUUCUUCAUUCAUUCAUAGCUUGACCCUGAAGAACGAAGGGGUCCAUCCCAAUUCCCAACCCAAACCGCCACCACCCUUUUCCUUCCUCCUCACGCCUCCUCUAUUCUUUGUCAACCCAACCAAAACGACCGUCGUUAUUUUCCUCUUUCUUUCACCAAAUGAUGAUGGGUUCAACCCCGCCUCGAUCAUAAGAAACACCAAACUAACAAAGAAGCAGAAGAAGCCAAGAAGGCGAUGGUUCAUCAAAACGACAACGACAACGACGGCAGCAGCACCGCCACCUUCCUCCAUCUCGCGUAGUGAUCGACGACGACGACGACGACGACGAUCGGCGAUUGAAUUCUUCUUCCGCGGGGAUGAUGUCGAACCUGUACGGCGAAUACAACCACAAGAUCGACUACGUGUUCAAGGUGGUGCUGGUCGGAGACUCCGCCGUGGGGAAGACCCAGCUCCUCGCGCGCUUCGCCAAGAACCAAUUCAGCGUCGAUUCUAAAGCCACCAUUGGCGUCGAGUUUCAGACCAAAACGCUCAUCAUCGACAAGAAGACCGUCAAGGCCCAAAUAUGGGACACCGCCGGCCAAGAAAGGUACAGGGCAGUUACUAGUGCAUAUUAUCGUGGUGCUGUUGGAGCAAUGUUAGUUUAUGACGUGACUAGACGCCCAUCAUUUGAUAACAUGGCAAAGUGGUUAGAGGAACUGCGGGGCCACGCUGACAAAAACAUUGUUGUAAUGCUAAUUGGCAACAAGUGUGAUCUUGGAACUCUUAGAGCGGUGCCAACUGAAGAUGCCGAGGAGUUUGCGCAAAGAGAGAACCUAUUCUUUAUGGAGACAUCAGCACUCGAGUCCACUAAUGUGGAAACUGCCUUUCUGACCAUUCUAACUGAGAUAUACAGACUUGUAAGCAAGAAAACACUGACUGCCAAUGAUGAUGCAGAUCCAAGUGGUAUUUCAGGACUUCUGAAGGGAACCAAGAUAAUUGUUCCUAGCCAAGACAUUAAUGCUGGUGAAAAGAAGGGUGGCUGCUGUUGAUAUUCCUAGCUUUUGCUUGUGUUCACUCUUCUUUGGAAGCAUUUUGCUUCCCUCCCCGGCUCCGGCUACAUGUAGCAUUUGUAGAGAGGGUAGUUACUUUUCUUGGUCAUCCUAUUAUCAGCAAAAUGUAGCCUAUAUUUAUUUACUACUGUGCUUGUUGAUUGCAAGCAUAUAAAGUCUUUCUUCUGUUUUUGGUCCUUUCUAGCUUUAGGAUUUCAAUUUGUUAAUACAAACUCCCGGUUGUGAAGGGAUGGUUCAAUUCAGAUAGAGGAAUGGAAACUGUAUAACUUACUAGAUGCAAUUGUUUUUUGCCGGUAGUUAAAUUUUUUAGUAUUAAUGUGAUCUUUUGAUGUGAGAUAUUUAUUAUAGGAAUGGGAUCGACUUGCACCAAGUCUUGGAUACUUGCUUGUUAGUUUUAGAAAGAAAAAAUUAACAAUGUGAAAUUUUCCAAGGUUUGC